AUGGGUUUACCUCGUUUGGGAAUUCAUCGGAUUGGUGCUCUGAGAAAGCUAUGGAUGGCCCAAAGACGGUUGCCAAUUGCUUUUGGAGGGUCAUUCCAACUGCCUCUGCAUCAUCAGAUAAGAUAUGCUUCAGAUGUGGAAAACUUGAAAUCUGAAACUUCCCAGAACGAUUCUGACAUUGGGUACGAGUCGACUGGUGUGAUUGAUUUCCUGAAACAACACGAGGUGUUGAUUUUCUUUGACAAUGUUUACCCUCGCUGGGUAGCACGUCUUAUGUUUAAGAGUUACCUUGAACCUACACGGUGGUUGCAUUCUAAGGGAGGCGACGAUAAGCUUAAGGAGAGUUUGUUUCGGAUGGUCGAGAAUGGUGAACGCCUGCUUCCCGAGGGUACUUCUGUUAAACAGUUUGUGCCUUUGAGAAGAGACGGUGGUGCUUUUAUUAAGUUCUUGGUGCCUCCUACGUCUACACCCAAGGAACUUACCCAGAUUCUUGAAAAGAACAUCAGGGCAUGCAAAACGACGAAUUCCAACCCAUUGAGCUCGCUAACGGCACUCUUUAAGCCUCAUCCAAGUGCUUUCCAGGUUAAGGGUACGCCAUGGAUCGAGGAUUUGAGUAGGUUUCCUUCGCCAAAGCUUAAGGUUAAGUUUCAGGGAGAUGUACUUAACGAGGAGGAGUUAUACCUUUUGUUCAGACGGUAUGGUCAAAUCAAGGAUAUUCACCCUGCAAACUCAAGUACUCCAUAUGCUACUGUUGUGUUCAAGUACACAGACUCUUGUAUCCGUGCAAAGAAUUGUGUUACUGGCAUUCCCUAUGACGAUGGCAAGCUGACCUUACACCUCCAGUACAUUCCAGUGGAAAGAGUUAACUACUUGGCCAACAUGAUCAACAACCACCAGAGGAUUGCAAUCCCUCUUAUCCUCGCCCUUUUAGCUACUAUCGCUGUUUUGAUCUUCGAACCAAUCAGAGAACAAUUCAUUCAGUUCCGAAUCAAGCAUAGGUACACUUGGGAUAGCCACAAGGACCAUUGGAUUGUUAAGUUGUUCUACAUUCCAUACAGAACCCUUGCUAAUUGGGUUACCAACACCACUUCUUUCAUUGACGAUUCCAUUGGUUCUUUCACCGGUGAAAAGGGUGAGAAGGAGGAUGUGGCGUUGGUUGACCUUCAGUCCAACAUGUUCUUACAAGAGCGUUCCGAUAAGGCCAAUGAUGUCAAAAUGUGGAUCUACGAGAACGCUAAUACCUUCAUUAUUGUCAAGGGACCAAAGGGUUCUGGCAAGAGGGAGUUUGUGAUUGACCACGCUUUGCAAGCUGAUGAAAACUUUGGAAGAAAGAUGCUUGAGCUUGAUUGUGACCUGAUGAUCAAAUCCAGAAGUGAUAAUGCCUUCCUCAAGAAUGCUGCAUCUCAGCUUGGAUACUUCCCAAUCUUUACAUGGACCAAUUCUAUCUCCCAAUUUGUUGACUUGGGUGUACAGGGAUUGACAGGCCAGAAGUCAGGUUUAAGUGAAUCCAAGGAGACUCAGUUCAAGAACAUGUUGCAAUUAACUUCUUCUGCUAUCAGAAAAGUGGCUCUUUCCAACUUUGGUUCAUACAAGGCUGAACUUAAGAAGCAAAAGCAGAAACACAAUGACGACGAUUCAUAUGAGAGAGAGAUUAAGGAGGAUGAUUACCUCCAACUGCACCCUAAAGCAAAACCAGUGAUCGUUAUUGAGAACUUCUUGAGGAAGGCUGAAUCUCCUAAUGAUUUCAUCUACAAGCUGAUUGCUGAAUGGGCUGCACAACUCAUCCAAACCAACACUGCCCAUGUUAUCUUUGUUACCCUGGACGCUAGCAGUACUACACACUUAACCAGUGCUCUUCCUAACCAAGUCUUUAAGACUGUCUCCUUGGCAGAUGCUACGAUGCAAAGUGCCAAGCAGUAUGUAAUGAGCCAGUUACGUGAUAUGGAAUUGAAGUCCCUGAUUGAGCAUUGCUUAGCUCCUAUUGGAGGUAGAAUGCUUGAUCUUCAAGCGUUUGUCAGACGUGUGCGUUCCGGCGAGCAAGCUGAAGAUGCCUUGCACCAGAUGGUCACUCAGGCAGCUGAACAGAUCACCACCUUUUUCUUGAAUGUUUCGCCUGGCGAUACAGAGAACAAUUGGAGCACAGACCAGAUUUGGGCUCUCAUGAGACUUCUCUCGAACAAAGAGCUGGUAUCUUUUGAUGAAUUGACAAAGUCUCCUCUAUUCGGUGACAGUGCUGAAACUGUUAGUACCUUGCUUGUGUUGGAGAAGAAUGAUUUGAUUUUGCUUCAAAGAGACAAGGGAAUUGUCAGCACCAUCAAGACAGGCAGACCAUUAUACAAGGCUGCUUUUAAGAACUUGGUGGAGGACAAGGCUAUAUAUAAGCUUUACGAAACCCGUUUCAUCAAGAGCUUGAUCAAGCUAGAGAAUGUCAAGAUCGCCCAGUUGGAGGAUGAAAUCAGUAAGAUUGGCGAAGCUGUCGCUUCUGACUGGCUCAAGGACAGACUCACUUUCGUGGAGUCUAAGAUCAACGCAAGUACCGAUGCCAUCAAGAAGUACGAGGCACAAAUCAAAGAUGUUGCUACUAUCGGAAGUGAGCCGAAGAAGAAUAUUUUCGGAUUCUGA